AUCAGCACUGAAAACACCAUUUUGUGCAUUUACAACCAUCUCACAAGCAAGAACAAUCCACACAGGAAAUGGACAGCAAACUGGUUUAUGCCGUUGCCUUGGUGAUAGGAUGUUGGGUGCCGGCAGCCAAAGGCCUCAUGAUCAACUCCACCCACCCAGUGGGAGCUCUUACCACCACCAUCAGUCGUGACGGCUGUGGCCAGACGAAGACUUGCUUGGAGGCUCCAGCGAACUGUGACCCCAGCGGCAACAGUACCUGCCUGUUCGUCUCUGCCUCUGCUCCCAGCUCCAGGGUCGCAUGGAGCUUCAACACCGAUAUCGACUUUGAGCUGCGCGGAGACUCUGAAAACUACAUUGUCCUUCUUCUGUCCUCAGAUAAUAAUCUGGGAACGGGCGAUAGCGGCGUCGUCUGCGCACAGUACCAGAACACGAGCCGCUUCUUCACCGUGACCUACAACAACGGAUCACUGACUGUGGUGGAUUUUGAUGGGAGUCAAUAAUGUCCUGGCCUCACUCAAUGGAAAUGUGAUUCAAUGCACCUUUACUCUUCUGGCGAAUUGCACAGGCAGACCAGCAAACUUCUACGUCUUCGCUGGCAAUGGGAUGUUCAGAAAUGGACACCAUAACUCGUGACACAUGUGGCCGGACGAAGCUUUGCGAGGAGGUUCCAGCGGACUGUGAUCCUAGUGGAAAUGGUGACUGCCUGUUUGUCUCCGCCACCACUGCCACCACCAACAGACCCUCCGGCAUCAAUAUCGCCUUCGAGCUGCGCGGAAACACCAGCGGCUACGUUGUCCUCAUUCUGUCCCCCGACAUGAUUCAGGGAGGAGGAGAUGAGUCCUUUGUCUGCGCACAGUUCAAUAAUAACCUCAUGUUCUUCACUAUCUCCUUCGACAAUGGAGCACUGACCAGGACCAACAGGGUGAGUAUCAACACAGAGCCUGACCAUUUAUUGGACUUAUUGGUCUCCUGCUGCCUUUGGCCUUUGGCCUGAAGAACUGAAACUCUUGGC